AGCGUUUGAUUGGACAUUGCAAAUCUUUAAAUAUUUCACCUUGUUAUGAAACAUCUACAACUGUGUGUUGACUUUCAGUUUAUGCCAAAAAGGAUAGAUUUCUCUGGAUCGUUUGGGUAACAUCAUGACUGGAUGUCCGUUUUUGGGAAGGAAGCAUCAAUUGUUUACCAGUAACUUCACUCAAGCAGACGAAGAAGAUGAUUCUCAAAAGGGCUUAAACAAAGCCAGCAAAGGUGGAAUUGUUUAUGGAGAAUAUUUACAGCUUGAUAAAGUGCUGAAUGCCCAAGUCUUACAGAGUCAACAGAAAGGUAACAAAAUCCACGAUGAGCAUCUCUUCAUCGUCACCCAUCAGGCUUACGAGCUGUGGUUUAAGCAGAUAUUAUGGGAACUUGAUUCUGUUCGGGAGCUUUUCAUUAAAAAUCAUGUUCGAGAUGAGAGGAACAUGCUGAAGGUGGUGAGCAGGAUCCAUAGGAUCACCAUGAUCUUCAAACUACUGGUGGAUCAGUUUUCUGUGCUGGAGACCAUGACCGCCCUGGACUUCUUUGAUUUCAGGGAAUAUCUGUCUGUAGCAUCAGGGUUUCAGAGUCUUCAGUUUCGCCUUCUAGAAAGUAAGAUUGGCGUGGCGGAUCAUUUGAGAGUCGCUUACAACAAACAGCACUACAGAGAUAGCUUUCAUGGAGACGAGAGUGAGACUCUACUGAGAUCACAGGAGGAACCCAGUCUACUGCGCCUGGUUGAGAAAUGGCUGGAACGAACUCCUGGACUUGAAGGAGAUGGAUUUAACUUUUGGGGUAAACUGCAUGUCAACAUUGAAGAGGGUCUUAAGCUGGAGAAGCAAAAGCUGGAAAAAAUAUCAGAUGACGAGGAGAAACGGGACAGGCUGGAGGACUUAAACAAGCAGACUGAGGUCUUCACUUCCCUGUUUGAUCCCUCACGACACGAACAUCUUUUAAACAAAGGCGAGCGACGACUUUCUUACAAAGCCCUUCAAGGAGCUUUAAUGAUCAGUUUCUACAGAGAAGAGCCUCGUUUCCAGGUGCCGUUUCAGCUCCUCAAUGCUUUGAUGGAUAUCGACACACUCAUGACCAAGUGGAGAUAUAACCACGUGUGCAUGGUGCACAGAAUGAUCGGCGGCAAAGCAGGGACAGGUGGAUCUUCAGGGUACUAUUACUUGCGCUCCACUGUCAGCGACCGUUACAAAGUGUUUGUGGAUUUGUUCAACCUCGCCACGUUCUUUGUUCCUCGAGCAUGGAUUCCCAAACUGAACCCCCAAAUCCAUACGUUUCUCUACAUGGCUGAGUGUUACGACAGCUCGUACAAUUCAGACAGCAGUCAGGAUUCAGAUUAGAUUGAUCAGAUGCCCUACAGAGAUUAUCAAAAGUUAUGAUUUUCUGACUUGUUUGUUUUUGAUGGCAUCAUAUAAUGAUUAGGAGAACAGGACAUCGGGAAUAAUGCCAAGAGCUCUGUAUAGAUCAAGGUUUAUUCCAGUUUAUCGAUUCAUGCAUGAUGUCAAAGAAGUAUUGCAGGACAAAUUUAGUGAAGAAAGCCAAGUGAUUAUUUUAUUGUUGUUUUGAUUUAAUUGUGAUACCCAAAAAAUCAAGAAAUUGUGUACAUACACUGUAAAAAGUAAAAGUUGGAUCAACUUAAAAAAUUACUUCAAUUGGUGACAAAUAAAACACAUA